GCCACGGCCAAGUUCGCACUUAUUAACAUGUGGCGGCGCCACCAGUGCCUUCCUUUUUUCGGAAUCGGCUCUCUCCGGCCAUAAAACGUCGCCCACCCUGGGAUCCGCGCAAUUAAGCCGCGAUUUUCGAAUACAAUCCGAUAACUCGUCCAUCAAGGACCACAAAACUCGCCGGGACUUGCGAAAUUCGCUGGGGUUACACUGGGAGGCUGAAAUAUCUGGCCACCGGGGCCAAUUUCAAACCUUCCCGCGCCCCCAAAACCGACCAAAUAGUAGCGGCGCUGGCCACGAAACUGAGAAAAAACUGUCCAAGCUGCAGCAGCAGAGGGGCAAAAAAGACCUGGUUCAGAACCUGGCCAACACCCGUGACUCGUAUAUGAGGAGAUUCCUCGAGGAGAACACCGAAAACACCAACACCUCUCCGACCGACAUUGAUUUGGACCAGCCGAUUGAAAUAAGUGAGGUUGUCCGCAGAGUCGCGCCUGAGCAACCGCUGAACCCAGGCGAGUUGGUGGAAUUACUAAAGGCAGACCAGCUCGAUCAGCAGAAAGCUGAGGGCAAUGGAGUGGAAUAAGAAAACCUUCGUCAUCAUUACUGGAGCGAGCAAGGGCAUUGGCAGGACAAUCGCAGUUGAGUUUUCCAAAAGAGUUGCUGCCGGAUCAAAAUUUAUUCUGCUGGCAAGAUCAGCGUCCGGGUUGGAGGAAAGCAAAAGUCUAUGCUCGCCAGAUGUUGUAGUUGAGACUCUGACUGCCAACCUGGAGUCACCGGAUGCACAAAAAAUUAAAAAUUUCAUUGCCGAAGCUGCUGCCAACCCUGAUGAUUACGAGAGGGCUGUGAUUGUCCACAACGCCGGUUCGCUCGGCAACUUGCAGCGUUCUGCCAAAGACUUUGAAGAUCUCGACGAGAUCAACAACUACUUCAACCUCAAUGUUGGUUCGAUGAUUCUGUUGAAUACUAUGUUCCUGAAGGCAUUCCCCAAGUCAGAAAAGUACAAGAGAUUGGUGAUUAAUAUUACUUCCCUGUGUGGGAUUAAACCAUUCCAAGGUUUUGCCCUUUACUGCACAGGCAAAGCCACCCGAGAGAUGUUUUUGAAGGUUUUGGCAUUAGAGGAGCCUACUGUGAAGGUUUUGAAUUACUCCCCUGGACCAGUGUUAACUGAUAUGGCAGACGAGAUCCUGGCAGGGUUGAAGUGUCAUGAGCUGCGGAAGCCCUUUGAAGAUCUUCGAACCAAUGGGAGUUACCUCACUCCGGAGGAUACGAUUGGAAAGCUGAUUCAGCUCCUUGAAUCCGGCAACUUUGAAUCUGGAGAUCAUGUCGAUGUCUUUGACAUAUAGAUUAUUUUGUGUUUAUGCUGCAUUUGGAGGGCAACCACAGCAAUCAUAAUUAUAUUUGCUGAUUAAAUAAAUAAGACGUUAUGUAUAAGAAUAUGUAACUCUUGCAAAACUC